GCAAAGCUUCCACGUCACGCCUGCCAACACCAUCAUAGGGGUCCACACCCGUUACUAAUCCACCACGGGAUAUAUACCCCUCUAUCCAACCCACCUCGGUCUCCCGGCACCCCUUGAAUUACAUUUAUCAUAAACUACACAACACCGAAAUGUUCGGCCUAAACCCCUCUUUCCCGCCCCGGUCCCUGGUGCCACUCGUUGAAGAGGUCGCUGAGCUCCUCAAAGGACGAAAUGAAACUGUUUCUGUGGCUGAGACGGCUGCCGGAGGGAUAAUCUCGGCUGCAUUGCUGAGCACGCCGGGUGCGAGCAGGUUUUACAAGGGCGGGUUGACGUUGUAUACCCUCCCUUCACGGGUACAAUUUGCCGGAUGGACCGAAGAGGACACCAGAUCCUACGUCGGCCCAACCCUCGGUGUCGUCUCCAAAAUGGCAGAGAACGUCCGUCCGAAACUCGACAGCACAUACACUAUCUGCGAGUCUGGCACCGCUGGUCCCACUGGGGGAACAACUAAAAACCGAACUCCCGGAUACGUAGCCCUCGCCGUCGCAACACCUGAAGGCACAUUCACCCGGGAAGUAGACACGGGAUCUGCGGACCGGGCGGAGAAUAUGGUUAAUUUCGCGGUAGAGGCGUUGAAGUUGCUGAUCGAUGUUAUUAAAGGGGAGUGGGAUGUGAAGAAGUCUGGGAGGGAAGGACAGGCUGUGAAUUGGAACUUGUAGGGGAGAUCAUAGCUUGAUAUAGUACAGAGCGUUAAAUAAAGGGGCAUCACAAAAAGGGGGUCAAGGAUAUGAAGGAU